CAAAGCCUUUUGUCGGAGCCUCUGCAGCCCCGGCAGAUUCCUGUGGGCGCCAAUGACUGCGCUCAGCCCUAAUCCCCCCCGGCCAGGGGCUUAGUGCCUGCUAAGCCAGCCUGAAUGCACCACAGCCAGGCUGGGGGGGGGGGCAGCGGCAGCCCCCAGGGGGGCACCUGCACCCCUGUGAUGUGGGGCUGGGCAUGGGGCACCUGCUGCCCCCAGGAUGUGUGGGGUUGGGGCAGGCUGGCUCCCAGUGCUGCCCUCCCAUAGUGUCCCCCCAAAACCUGGCUGGGGGGCGGGGGAUGUCACAGUGUUGCCCACAGCCCCAAGUAUGUUGUUGACCCUAGACCCUAUAGAGGGUACCUAUGGGUCAGAGCCACCCCCCAGCCGGCAUCCCCAAGGGUGGGGGACGCAGCUCUGGGGGUCCCCACUCUCUCAGGGCGGUGGAACCACCCCUGAGGGGGGAACCGGGGUCCCACACAGCACCUCACCCACCCCAUAUUCCGGGCAGCGAAGCAGUUAAGGGGGGGUGGCGGUGGUGGGGUCCCACCCCCAGGGCCGGCUGGGGGGGGGCUUAUAAAGGUGGGUGCGGGCGGCCCCCGGGAGGGGAGCGGGGCCGCACCGGGGCCAGGCCAUGCGGGAGCUGCGCUCGUCCUCCUUCUGGAGGGCCAUCCUGGCCGAGUUCCUGGGCAGCCUCCUCUACACCCUGCUGGGGCUGGGGGCUUCGCUGCGCUGGGCCCCGGGCCCCCACGGGGUCCUGGGGUCCGCCCUGGCCUUCGGGCUGGCCCAAGCCACCCUGGUGCAGGCACUGGGGCACGUCAGCGGCGGGCACAUCAACCCGGCCAUCACGUUGGCCUUCCUGCUGGCCUCGCAGCUCUCCCUGCCCCGCGCCCUGGGCUACCUGCUGGCUCAGCUGCUGGGUGCCCUGGCGGGGGCCGGCGUCCUCUAUGGGGUGACACCGGCCGCCGUGCGCGGCACGCUGGGCCUCAGUGCGCUGCACCCCAGCGUGGGCCCGGGCCAGGGCACGGUGGUGGAGCUGCUGCUGACGGCUCAGUUCAUCCUCUGCGUCUUCGCCAGCUUCGACGACCGCCACGACGGGCGCCCUGGCUCCGCUGCGCUGCCCAUUGGCUUCUCCCUCACCCUCGGCCAUCUCUUUGGGAUCCCGUACACUGGUGCUGGCAUGAACCCUGCACGCUCCUUUGCCCCCGCUGUCAUCACCCGCAACUUUGCCAACCACUGGGUGUUCUGGGCGGGUCCGCUGCUGGGCGCGGCGCUGGCGGCUCUGCUGUACGAGCUGGCGCUGUGUCCGCGGGCGCGCAGCAUGGCGGAGCGCCUGGCCGUGCUGCGGGGGGAGCCGCCCGCCGCCGCGCCGCCCCCCGAACCGCCGGCAGAACCGCUGGAGCUGAAGACGCAGGGGCUGUAGGGCCGCCCCCCAACCCCACCCCCAAACCCGGGGCCGCCUUUGCUGUGUCGGGGCCGCCGAUGCGGUGCGUGUGGUGCGUGCGUGUGUGUGCGGGGCGGCGGGAGCGCGGCGGCCAACGGCACCCAACGGCCGGCCCCGCCCCGCCGCGGCGGGAGCUCCGUGUUCGGUGAAUUAAACCUACGCUUUAUUUUGGUAACCGCUCUCGGAGGGCGGGGGGCGGAGGGGGGGGGGCACCGCGUGCGGGGCGGAGCGCGGAGCGGCGCCUUCCCGCGCCCGAGGCGAUGCCCCGCCCAGGGGGAGGGGCUACCGCACAGCCUGAGCCGUUCUUAAAAGGGCAACGUCGAGGUGGGCGCGGGGCGGGGAGUGGGGGGCAGCGCGGUGCGGGGAGAGCGGGGGCGUACGACUGGUCGCCACGAGGGGGAUGAGAGGGGAGAAAGGUGCUGCGGUGCGUG